AUGUCUUCCUCUCUCAUCUGUAGGAAGAGAAAACGAUGCCCCAAGGUUUUCAGGUUUCACUCCUUCGCUGACCAUGGUUGCCCCAUCGCACCUUCUGGUCCCUUCCGCGACAACGUUCGCUUAUUUCUUCAAGAAGCGGCACAACCCCAAGAUUACACUGUCUCUGGCAACCCCCUAUGGUGCACCCUUCUCAUUCUCAACCGCGACAACACUAACCUAACGGCUCCUCUCUACACCAUCGAAGAGGACGUUUCCCGUUCUUCCAAUCCCUUCUGCGAUCAUUGCCGCUGUGUAGGUUGGAGCGGCCAUUAUGUAUCAAAGAGACGAUACCAUUUCAUAAUCCCGAUGGACAAUGGGUGGCAUAAACCCUUAAGUGAAGGUGCUCUGGAUAAUCAGAGUCAUCUCUUGCAUGGGGUUAUUCACUGCAAUGGAUACGGCCAUUUGCUUCGUCUCAAUGGCGUAGAAGGGGGUUCUAGAGUUCUCGGUGGGAGAGAGAUCAUGGAUCUCUGGGACAGGAUCUGCAUCAAUCUUGGAGCAAGGAAAAUUACAGUGGAAGAUGCCUCAAGGAAGAGGUCUAUGGAUCUUCGGUUACUUCAUGGAGUUGCUUAUGGGCACUCUUGGUAUGGUCGGUGGGGCUAUAGAUUUUGCCGUGGAAGCUUCGGUGUAACUGAGCAAAAUUACUAUGAAGCAAUUGAGGCUCUUGGUACUUUGGAGCUUGAAAAGAUUGUAAAAGAUUUCAGCGAGACAAAGUGCCACAAAAAAAUCAAACAAAUGAUUCGCUGCUAUAGAGAUAUGAGUGAAGCUCAGAUUAUCACAAUCAGAGAUCUUCUCAGGUUUAUGCUUACUGUCAGGUCUCGUGCUCCUGUUUCUAAGAUAGCAGAAAUUUCUGCUGCUGCUCCUCCCAUGAAGGAAAAAUCUGCUAGGUAUAAGAAGUUCAGCUGUGCAGUGACUUCUAUGGAUGGCAGGUGGCCAACAAGGAGACUAGAGUUUGCAGCUCAAGUGAUUGUUGAUGUACUUAAAGAGCACAAGGCUGCCCAAUCAGGUUCUUGUGGGAUGACAAGGCAAGAUGUGAGAGAUGCAUCUCGGCUCCACAUUGGUGAUACGGGCUUACUGGAUUAUGUGCUGAAAUCACUUAACAAUGUGAUUGUUGGAAAUUUUGUUGUUCUUCGCAAGGUGAACCCAUCAACUCGGAUCCUGGAAUAUACUAUUGAUGAGCUUGGCAAGGGGUUCAAAGCCCCUGAACUGGAGUCUGGGGUAAUGGCUGUUGUAGAUCCCCAAGUAGAAUCAUCUUGGGUUCCUGGUAAUGAUGUCUACAAUGAUGUGUCUUAUCUGUACAAAAAUGUACUAUUAGGCUACCUUGAUUCAGAACCAGUGGACUUGGCAGCUCGGACAAUUCUUGACAGCAGGCACUUCGUGAAGGAGUGGGCUUUUAGGGAUGAAAUGGAGCAGGUAUUGACAUCCAUCUGCCACUUGAAGCUAAAUUUUGUGGACACUGAGUCUGAGUUGAAAGGGCUACCUUGUGGCGAGAUUGUUAUGGUUCCACUGCAAGCAACGGUUGGAGACUUGAAGCAAGCUGCUGAGGCUGCUCCGAGGGAUACUUAUUGCAUUGCAGAAAGACUUAUAGUGACAGAAAUUGCAGAAUUGAUGGAUGCAAGUGAUGAGGAGGUCCUUUUGGGACUAAUCCAGUCUGGUGUGGAACUUUCUGUGAAGGGUAUUGCCAUAGAUUUGUGUACUCCAUUGAAGUACCAGGGAGCGUCUGACAAUUCGAAGGUGAGGUGUGCAUGUGGUGCUCGUGACGAUGAUGGUGAAAGAAUGGUGGCUUGUGACAUCUGUGAAGUGUGGAAGCAUACACACUGCUGUGGAAUCGAUGACUCAGAGACAGUGCCACCAUUUUUUGCAUGCCCUGGCUGUUGGGAUUCACUUAUACCCCCAAGGAUGGAAUCCGGCUUCAGUCUGAAUUGUGCUGAUGAUUUUCUGAUUCCAAGGGUCUAUAGUCUCUAGUUUUUCUCAUUGGUGGAGAAAUUCUUGUGUUUCGGAAUGCAAGCUGCUAUAAAGGUGAAUAAUUAUAGCAUGGUGAGUUUUAUACCUCUGGACUUGAGGAAGGACAAAAGUAUACAAUAUGUAUUGGGGCCCAAAUUGACAACUGCUUCCAGUAUGGGCAAGAUGCUGAUGUGAAGAUUAAAGGAUUUUGACCCGGACGAUGACGAGUAGCUUAUUCCCUUUUGCAGCACUGUUUGGUGUGUUUGAAAGUUCAGUCUUCCCAUCCACAAAAUUGUCUAUCAAGCUUACAUUGUUAAUAUCUCAUUAGAUUGUUUCAAUAUGAAUCGGAGACUUUGAUGAUUUGUACAAUUUAGCUUCCAAAUGGGGAGAAAAAUUGGGACGGAUGCUUGGUCAAUAUCUUAUCACUACUUGCCUGGUUAGGACAUGAAAAAUGUUUUUAGACCCUUGAACCUUGGUUACUAAUUCUGAUAGCAUUCCAAAAAUUUGAACUUAUAUUAAAAAGUUUGAUGAAGGCAAGA